AUGCCCUCCGUGGGAGGGAUCCCCCUGAAGUACAUCUCCCUUGUCGUGCUUGCCGUCCAGAACUCGCUCCUCAUCAUCGUCAUGGCCCUUGCCCAGGGUGUCGGCCGCAAGCCCUUCUACUCAUCCACUGCCGUCUUCCUUAACGAGAUCGUCAAGUUGAUCGUCUGCACAGGAAUCACCAUCCACGAGACCAUCAAGGACACCGGUCGUUUCUACCCCCAAGACUUUAUCAACGAGGUCUUUGGUGGCGACGCAUGGAAACUCGCCAUCCCUGCCAUGCUCUACGCUAUCCAGAACAACCUCCAAUACGUUGCUUCGCAUGCGCUCGAUCCCUCGACCUUCCAGGUCACCUACCAGCUCAAGAUCCUCACUACCGCCCUCUUCUCCGUUAUCCUCCUCCACCGGUCUCUGCCCGGUCUCAAGUGGUUGGCCCUGGUCAUGCUCACCGCCGGCAUUGCCCUCGUCAGUCUCGAAGAAUCCAACAACAGAGCUUCUCAAAGAAAGGGCGUUCACUCCCCAGACUCAGCCUCGUCUGCUUUAGGAGCUUUACUAGAAGAACAAAAGAACGAUGCGUUGUACCAGGCCGCUGCUGCUGCUCCAAGGAACGAGCGUCCCGAGUUCGUGGUCGGUUUGCUUUCAGUCAUGAUUGCCUGUGUUCUCUCCGGUUUGGCUGGCGUUUACUUUGAAAAGAUCCUCAAGAACACUCAAGGAUCGAUCUGGCUCAGGAACAUUCAACUCUCGUUCUUCUCUUUGCCCUUCUCGCUCCUGGCGAUCUACCUCAAGGAUGGUGAGGGUGUGACAGAGCAGGGAUUCUUUGCAGGGUACGACAUGCUAGUCAUCGCUGCGAUCACCUGUCAGGCAGCGGGAGGUUUUAUUGUCGCAGUCGUUGUCAAAUAUGCGGAUAACAUUCUGAAGGGGUUUGCGACGAGUAUCUCGAUCAUCAUCAGCGCCAUUGCGAGUGUGGCCCUCUUUGGGUCCCAUAUUGGCAUUGUCUUUGUCAUUGGUACCUCCCUGGUCUUGGGUGCCACAUAUCUCUACUCCCUCCCUGACAAGCCCGUCGUAAAAUAUGUCGAUCUGGGCAGUCAAUUGGACUCAUUCCAUGCAGAGGAGGGUCGGCUAGGAUCGCCACGGCGGGGAAGCAACGACACCGUGUCAACGCCAACGAGCAAUUCGCCCUCAGUGCGCCUUGAUAGGAUUCGUGUCUUCAGCGCGAUCCGACAUACCCUCGCUCAGAUGCUACAGGAUCGAUUCAAGAGUGCAUCCGCCUUUAUGGCGAAGACCAAGAAUCUCAACCUGCCCACCUCAACAAAACUUUCUCUGUACGCAGAUUACAAAUUGGCGACAGAGGGACUUUGCACACAGGGACGACCGUCGUUGAUCGAAUUUGAGAAGGCGGCCAAGUGGAAGACCUGGAAAGAGACAGGAGAACGCUACACACAGGAGCUCAACACCCCGAACACAAAUAUAGAUGAGGACUCUGCGCAGCUCACACUCGAGAUAAAGGCGAUGAUUUCGUAUGUGCAGAGAGUCGAGGAAGGGCAAUGGGGAUGGACAUUUGAUCCGACGACAACGGAUUCGGUAGAGUCAGGGGAUAGGGAUCUGGAUGAAUUAGAGGCGUAUUUGGGCAUGGAUACGGACGAGGUCUCGGCGGAGGAGCUGUUGGCACGGCCGUAUGUGCCGAUUCAGGGGCAGAUCGAGGGAGCAACCAUGACGGCCUCGGGUAUUAGUACCCUCGCCGCGCCUGUGGAGACUGAUCAAGGAGAAGACGUGCUUGAAUCGGCCAAGACUGGAUCUGUGCAGGCAAUGUUGGCAGCGUUGAAAAGCAAUCCGAACAUUGUAUCUCACAAGGAUGAUAUGGGCUGCACGAUGCUUCAUUGGACAUGCGACCGUGGAUCGCUGGAUAAGGUCAGGGUGCUCGUGGAGCAGUACCAUGCUGAUGUGAAUGCGCAGGACGCGGAAGGAUCAACGCCCCUGCACUAUGCUUGUCUCUCGGGAUGGCCAGAAAUCAUUGCGUAUCUGAAGGAUCUUCCAAAUGUAGAUCAAGCAAUCAAGGAUAACAGUGGUAUGACCGCAGAGGAAUGCCUUGAAUAG